AUCAAAAGAGAAAAUAAAGAACUUUUUGUAUAAACUUGUGUUAUAUUACUUGAAUAAGUUACCACAUAAUACUAUAUAAAGACAAAUUAAAGAACCAAGAUGCCUGCGUCAUGCUCCACAAAUUGCGGAAAAGAUUCUAUUUUAAAGAGGCCAAAAACUGGUGAUACUUUGUGCAAAGAAUGCUUCUUCUUAGCAUUUGAAACUGAGAUUCACGACACUAUUGUCAAUGGUGAACUAUUUAAGCCUGGUGAUAAAGUUGCUAUUGGAGCAUCUGGUGGGAAGGAUUCAACAGUACUUGCGUAUAUUUUAAAGACUCUGAAUGAAAAAUACAAAUAUGAAUUAGAUCUGUUUCUUUUGUCCAUUGACGAAGGAAUUACUGGGUAUAGAGAUGACAGUUUGAAGACUGUAGCACAAAACAGAGAUGAUUAUGGUAUUCCUCUUAAAAUAUUAUCAUAUAAGGAGUUAUAUGGAUGGACAAUGGAUGACAUUGUUGCAGAGAUUGGUCGUAAAAAUAAUUGUACAUUUUGUGGUGUUUUUCGAAGACAAGCACUAGAUAGAGGUGCUGCACUGUUGGGAGUAGAUUGCAUUGCCACAGGUCAUAAUGCAGAUGAUAUUGCAGAAACAGUACUAAUGAAUGUCUUGAGAGGUGAUAUUGCUAGGUUGCAGAGGUGUACAUCUGUAAUAACUACAGGUGCAGAUUCUAUUAUGAGAUGUAAACCACUAAAAUAUGCAUAUGAAAAAGAGAUUGUUAUGUAUGCAUAUUUUAAGCGUUUAGUAUAUUUUUCCACGGAAUGCAUAUAUGCUCCAAAUGCUUAUAGAGGUUAUGCACGAGAAUUUCUAAAGAAUUUAGAAAAACUAAGACCAUCAGCUAUUAUAGAUAUAAUACACUCGGGUGAACAGCUGCAAGUAAAAGAUAGCAUAAAAAUGCCAGAGAGAAGAAAUUGUACUCGAUGUGGAUUCGUUUCAAGUCAAGAGAUAUGCAAGGCUUGUGUUCUGUUAGAAGGUCUGAACAGAGGACUGCCAAAACUUGGUAUUGGGAAAUGCAGCAAAGCUAAGAAAAUUAUAAACUUGAAUACAAGCAAUGCAGAUAAAAGAAACAUCGCACACACAAGAUCGCAAAAUAUAGAUUUUUAAUGUUUUUA